AUGGAAAAUGUAUAUAUUUUAGUUAUAAUAACUCUAAAUAGAUCUGAUUCUAAAGCUUAAAAGAAUGGAGCUCAUAGAAGUGUUUACUGGGUCAAGAAAAAGCAAAGAUAGGAAGAUGGAAGCAUUAAGGGUGAAAAGUGGCAGUAGGCAUCAAGGUAUAUAGGUGAUUGGAAAAAUAACUGUAAAGAUGGAUUUGGUAUUCAGUUUUACUAAAACGGAGAUAAAUACGAAGGUAUGUGGGGAGAAGACUACAGACAUGGCUAGGGAACAUACUGGAGAAACGAAGCAGGAAAGUUGAGAAGAGAGUAUACAGGGGAUUGGUUCAAGGAUAAGAAGCAUGGCAGAGGAACCUUCUUCUAUAAGAAUGGAGAUAGAUAUGAUGGUUAUUGGGUGAAUGGCUAGCCAUAGGGCGAAGGCAGAAUGAUAUACGCUAAUGAAAACAUCUAUGAAGGUCAAUGGCAUGAGGGAAAGAGGAACGGAUAUGGAGUUUUGACCAAGCGUAACGGUGACCAUUUCGAAGGCCACUGGGUAAAUGACAUGAGAGAGGGGCAGGGCAGUUACUACUAUCAUGAUAAAAACAAGCUUUUCGUUGGAGAGUGGGUUUAGGAUCAGCCAAAAACAGGUGUCUACACUGAGGUUGAGGACGAUGAAGCGGAAAAGAUCAAUAAAAAACCAUAUUUCACUGACCCAUAUAUCCUUCCACCCAUUUACGAGUUGAAACUAGUAAAUCCAACCAAGAUACUGGAGAGAGCUAUGGAGAGAACCAAGCGUGAGAGAUCUAAGUUUCGUGCUUAAUACAUUCCAAUUGAGGAAAUGUUCAGUCCACACGAACUUAUGGAUCUUAAACAAGCCUUUGAAGCAGCAGCCCAGGGUGAAUCCUAUGUUAAUGUCUUGUCUCUAAAGACGCUCUUCUCAGGCAUGGGAAUAUACCCCUCAGAUGAUAUGCUAAACGAACUACUUAUAGCUUGUGGCAAAACAGGCAAUGAAGACGCUAUAUCUUUCGAUUUGUUCGCAAGAUCAGUUGCUUUACUUUUAGAAGAAAAUGCUGAAAGAGGAUCAACCAGCUCUCACAAUGGAGAAGAAUAGGAUGGAUAAUAAUAUGAGGAUGGCGGAGAAGAAGACCAAGAAGAUGUAGGUGACGAUCCAUACUACAAUGAGUAUGAUGUGGCAGAUGGAUCUUACUAGUGA